UGUUCGGUGCCUGCAACAGACGAUGAUGCUUCUCGCGUGUCUCUCGACUUGUGUUCUCUUGCCAGUUAAAGAUUCGAUGAGACCUCUGCAGUAGAAGAAUCAAAAAAAAAUUCAGCUUGUUUCAAUCCAAUUCCAACCUCGUACACUACACUAAUCAAACAUCGGUUUCUUACUCUUGUCGAAAAAUAAUCCGAGUUAGUUGCAAUUAACACCCCUUUCUUCAGGUGAUGAUGAGUUGUUAUUCUCCAAUCACAACAUGUUCUAGGAAUGUUAUCUACAUCAAAAGGCAAUUAGGGACUCACCUCUCUCAAGGAUCAUACAAGUUCCGAACUCACAGUCUUUCCUCAGGUGUAUCGGUCUCUAACAGACAACCUUGUAGCUGGUCGGUAUUGAUUAGUCGAUCAACUGGUCCUAAAGGAAAGCUCGAAGCUUCUUUCUUGAGCCCUGACUCGAAAAUGUCUGGAAGAAACCUUUAUUGGUGUUCGAGAUUUGCUUACACAGGUGUGAUUGUCAGCUUGCUUGUUUGUUGUUCUUCGACUCCUCAAUCAACGUGUGCAGAUGCUUCGAAGGGUAAAGAUGAUGAUCACAGCAAGAAUGGGAAGAGAGUUUAUAAAGAUUACUCUGUCACUGGUAUACCUGGAGAUGGUAGAUGUUUGUUUCGGUCAGUGGCUCAUGGGUUUUGCUUACGUUCUGGUAAACCUUCUCCGAGUGAGAAGGUACAGAGAGAACUCGCUGAUGAGUUACGUGCAAGAGUUGCUGAUGAAUUUAUCAAUAGAAGACAAGAAACAGAAUGGUUUGUAGAAGGAGAUUUUGACACAUACGUGAGUCAAAUUCGGAAGUCACAUGUGUGGGGAGGUGAACCUGAACUCUUCAUGGCUUCACACGUCCUCCAGAUGCCAAUCACAGUGUAUAUGAAGGACGAAAAGGCUGGAGGAUUGAUAACCAUAGCGGAAUACGGUCAAGAAUACAGUAAAGAAGAUCCGAUACGGGUCCUAUACCAUGGUUUUGGUCACUACGACGCUCUCUUGAUACACGAGUGUAAAGCUCCAACUCACAAGUCCAAACUCUAGCAAUGCCAAAAGGCAUGGAAAGUUUUCUUGUUUUUGAAUCUUGAAUCGUAUGAAUUGGCGGAAGUACCCUCCGUUAGUUGUUGUUGUAGACAGCAAGUGGGAUCUUCACAUGCAUCUUUGUGUUGGUAACUUUUGUCAGGUGGUGAUGAUUUUAUCUUAUCUUUUUCUGACCCAACCACCAAUCUAUAUAGACAUGUCUUGUAGAAUUUUACCCUUUUAUGUACUUUAUACUUCAAAAUUUGAAUAAAAUUUCAAA